AUGUCGUCUUGGGUUCUGGACAGAUCCGGCCCGCCCAAAUUGCAUCUAAAAACCCAAUCUCUAAAACCCCUCACCCUUCUCCCUCAAGCCUCUACCGCUGCCCUUGGCACACACUCUCUCUAUCUACUGUGUUUUUCUACUACUUCUUCUUCCUCCUCUUCUCCCAACCCAGAGAUGAUCGCCUCAGUCAGACACCUCCUUCCCAUCCCAAACCUUAACCCUACUCCCAGCCAUCACCGCAGGCCCUCCGCCAUCGUUAUCUGCAGCUCGAGGGUUGAGGCGUCGACCCGCAAAGCGGAGCCUCUUCCCGUCUUCUCCACCGUCCGAUCCUUCGCUCCGGCCACCGUCGCUAACCUCGGCCCCGGCUUCGAUUUCCUUGGCUGCGCUGUCUCCGGUAUCGGCGACCACGUGACUGUAGUCGUCGAUCCCUCCGUCAAGCCCGGCCGUGUUGCCAUUACUGCCGUCCAUGGCGCCCCCAAGCUGACCCUCGAUCCGAUGAAUAACUGCGCCGGUAUCGCCGCCAUCGCCGUCCUCCGCGCUCUCGGCGUCCGGUCCGUCGGCGUGUCGCUCACUCUGGAGAAGGGGCUUCCCCUUGGGAGCGGCCUCGGCUCGAGUGCGGCCAGCGCCGCCGCUGCUGCCUCCGCCGUGAACGCGCUGUUUGGCGACCUCCUCUCCGGCAACGAUCUUGUCCUCGCGGGGCUAGAAUCGGAGGCGAAGGUGAGCGGCCGCCACGCGGACAACAUCGCUCCUUCUAUCCUUGGGGGGUUCGUGCUCGUCCGCAGCUGCGAUCCGCUUGAGCUUAUCCGCCUGCCGUUUCCCGCCGGCCGCGAGCUCCUGUUCGUCCUCGUCUCGCCUGAGUUCGAAGCGCCGACCAAGAAAAUGAGGGCUGUCCUGCCGGAGGAAAUCGCGUUCAAGGACCACAUCUGGAACUCUCGGCACGCGGCAGCUGUGGUUGCUGCCUUGGCUGCUGGGGACGUCGCCGCUCUCGGAGCAGCGAUGUCGGCCGAUCGGAUCGUCGAACCGCGUCGGAGCCCGUUAAUCCCCGGCAUGGUGGCGGUGAAGGAAGCGGCGGUGGCUGCCGGGGCAUUCGGUUGUACGAUAAGCGGCGCCGGGCCGACGGCUGUAGCUGUGACUGACGACCAGGCGAAGGGUCAGGCGAUCGGCGAAGCGAUGGCAGAGGCGUUCUUGAAGGUGGGGGGAUUGAGGUCGAAGGUGAGCGUGCAGAGGCUGGACCAUGAGGGCGCGAGGGUGGUGAGUUCCAUUCCCCACUGAGACUCUCAAGCGAGUUUCGUGUGCGCUUCUCCAAACCGUUUGUUUUUCUCCAAAAACAAGAAUUUGGGAACUUUAAUUUCGGUGAGCUCCGAGAAGAAUAUCUCGAUAUCUGUGGGAAACGCGUGAAAGCGUUUGUUGUAAUCCUCAUAAAUGAGAAUUUGGAAGUUCCCGUUUGGAUUA